AGGCUUGUUUGUUAGUAUUGACCUAAAGUGGGUUUACAAGCAUGUUUGCUUUUUGAUUUACAGUGUUCUACAGUGGGUCUGAUGAUAUAAAUCUAGUGUGUCAUAAAGGAGACAUCCCAAAUCUGGACCAGGAUUGACAUCCACGGUGCAUCCAAAUUCAUGUACUUUCAGAUUAUGAACUGAAUUCUCUGAUUAAGAAUUCAUAUAUCGACUGUUGAUAUUGUUCUUUGAUGUGUAGUGUGCAUACUGUAUUUGUAGAUGUAUGACUAAAACUGUUAAAGUACUGUUUAACCAUAAAGAAAAAAAGUCUUGGUACCUUUUUUUUUUUUUUCUUCAACUUUUCAAAUCUGACAGUUCCUCAGCUCCUGUAGCCUCCUGGGAUAGUGUCUACUGGUUACUCACUUCAUAAUCUCAGCAGGUGCAGUAUGUUAUCUUGGUAUUGUUCGCCUAUUGUUUCAUGAAAACUGCAUAUUCGGACAUCCUAUUCACUAUAUAGUAGAAAAGUAUGCAUAUUCGGACACAAGGAAUACGGAUUUCAGGAUUUAGCAUGUUGAGCACAAGACAAGGUGCUGUCAGACAUGCAAGGUCAUGAGAACCUGUGAGACAAUGCUCCAUCUCUCCAUAAGGACAGUACGUAUUGAUUAGUCAUUUUUUAGCUGUAGAUGUAGACUAGAGCUCAGACGGGGAAAAAAAAUUAUCUAGUGCAAUGGCCCUUUAAAACUUCUGACAAAAGCCCAUAUGAUCCCCGAGCUCCAAUCACCAAUUCCUACUGCAAAAGCAGCCUCUGCAUUUUUGUCUGUCUGAAUGCUGCUAGCACGGCGAAAGAAGAAAAAAAGGAAAACAGUGAGGGGAAGGAAAACUGAAGAAAUGUGAAAAUCCAACGUACUAUUACAUGGCGAGCGGAAGUCCUGGGCAAAUGGAGGUUUUCGCGGACUCUUUCGAUGCUAGAGACCUCGGAUCAAAAUGCCGAUGCCGACGAGGACUUCCCUGAGAAGAAUUUGCUGGACAUACAGAAACUCUACAGUAAACCUCUGCCAUCCUCCCUUGCUCUACUAAAACCAUUGAAAAAAGGCUUUGCAAACAGACUUUUACGAAAUGGAUUCGACAGUAAUGCAACAACAUUGGAGAGGACAGCUGACUUCCCCUCUGCUGAGCUCUUUCUGCUAGAAGAUGCAGUGCUACACUUUACUCAUUUAAUGGACAGGCUGAACGAACAGCAUCUCUACCAGCCUCACCUGUGCGACGUGGACUUCGUGCUGGUGUCCCACUGUACGUUUUCCGCCCACAAGUACGUGCUGAGUGAACACAGCCCCAACUUCCAGGCCCUCCUCUCUCAGAGUCAACCGCUGCACCGCGUAAACCUGGCCUUUGAGGUGCUGAGUAUCCAGAUCCUCAACUUCAUCUAUAUCUCCAUCUUUGAAGUGCUACAGGUGGCCAUUGUGCUCCAGAUGAGUGAUUUCUGCCACAAGCUACCUGGCUCCAAUGAGAUGGCUGACACAGACGGGCAGGGCAACGCCUCAACCAAUCAGAUAUACAAGAUGAAGGAGAUUGAGAAGAUGUACACACAGCAAGGAAAUGGUACUUUCUCAUUGCUUGUAGAGGAUAGUGGGGUCAGUAGGGAAAUUAUUCAGACACAUUCAUCUAGCAUCCACUCCAGCCCUCAGGCCAAACACAUCUACAAAAAUGAUGACAGCAGAGGGGGAGUGGCUAGUGGAGGAGGGCGUGGCUUGUGCAAAAUAGAGGGAGGGGCCAGUUUCAAUGAAGCGGGAGCCCAGGAUGGUUCUGUCUCUUUUAACAGAGAGCAGAUUAUUGUGGAGGUCAAUCUCAACAACCAGACAUUGAAUGUUUCUAAAGGGUCUGACGGCAAGAGCAUCACCUCAAGUACCUCAUCCCUCCUCGUUCACCAUCGCAGCAGUCCUUCCGGUGCGGAGGAGGGGAAGGAACGGGGCGAUAAUGAAGAUGUUGGCGAGGACGAAGAAGAAGAAUAUGAACAAGGAAAGGAUGAGAUGGAAAAUUGCAGCGAUGAUGAGGACGAUGAGGAUGAGGAAGAGAACAACCUCAACAUUCCAGAAACAGGACACACCAGCGUGGGAAGACUGCGUGGCACGAGAAUACCAACUGGCACGGACGCCGCCAUGAGACAGACACUAAUCGACGCCACACUAGGGGAGGGGAGGAAGAGGAGAAAAGAGCAGGAGAGUCUGGGGCAGAAGGUGAAGCUCGAAGAAAAGCAGCACUUUUCCUGCAAGAAGUGCCCUCGUGUUUUUAACAACCGCUGGUACUUGGAGAAGCACAUGAACGUCACACACAACCGCAUGCAGAUCUGCAAUAAAUGCGGCAAGCGCUUUUUACUGGAGAGCGAGUUGCUGCUACACCAUCAGACAAACUGUGAGAAAAACAUACAGUGCGUGACUUGUGGAAAAGCCUUUAAAAAGCUGUGGUCUUUACACGAACACAACAAGAUUGUCCACGGAUAUGCCGAGAAGAAGUUCUCUUGUGAAAUCUGUGAAAAGAAGUUCUACACCAUGGCACAUGUCAGGAAACACAUGGUUGCUCACACUAAGGACAUGCCGUUCACUUGUGAGACGUGUGGGAAGUCCUUCAAACGCAGCAUGUCUCUUAAAGUGCACUCUCUCCAGCACUCUGGAGAAAAGCCCUUCAAGUGUGAGAACUGCAGUGAACGAUUCCAGUACAAAUACCAGCUGAGGUCACAUAUGAGCAUCCAUAUCGGACACAAGCAGUUCAUGUGCCAGUGGUGUGGGAAAGACUUCAACAUGAAGCAGUACUUUGAUGAACACAUGAAGACCCACACUGGAGAGAAACCAUAUAUCUGUGAAAUCUGUGGAAAGAGCUUCACGAGCCGGCCCAAUAUGAAACGGCACCGCCGCACUCACACUGGCGAGAAACCAUACCCCUGUGACGUCUGCGGACAGCGUUUCCGCUUCUCCAACAUGCUCAAAGCCCACAAGGAGAAAUGCUUCCAGGUCAGCAAUCCCAUGGUAUCUGAUACCACCAACCUUCUGGGCCUGGAGCCCACGUCAACUGAUAUGGACACACCAGCCAAUCAGUUACCCAGCCACCCCAUGACCCCUCCUGGAGAGGCAUCCAGUCUCCACCAGGUCAAGUCGCUCUCGCUUCCCUUCGUUCACUCUAUCGUAGGUCUUCCCUCUCCCCCAACCCUGUUUUCCACUGAAAGGGUUAACUCCGGUAAUAACUAGUUUUGAUUUUAAGGUUCCUUUUGAUUGUUUAUUGUCUGAAACCCAAAGCUUGCAGUAGCUUCCCUUGAGCUUUUUGAUUUACAUCCAAUGUGAAUCACUCUCAUAGGGGUUUCCAAACAUGCUGAGCGAGGUCUAAAAGACUUCCGGGCAGGUGUUUGAACAGUGUGCGACACUGAAUAUUCCUUUUAAACUGUGCAAAUUUUCACUUAUCUUAUUCUCAUAGAGAUAUUUUAUAUACUGUUCAAAUAAGCUUCUCGUAUUACAGAAAGAAAACAAAUGUUCUCAUUAUUUUUGUUGAUGUUUGAUGCAGUUUUUGUGAGCUACAGGAUUAGCAGUUAGCACUGCAUUUCUGCAUUUCACAUAUUGCUCUUGAUAUGGUCAUUUUGCCAAGACAGACAUGUUCUUGAACCAAUAUUUUGAAAAUUUAGUCCUAACCUUAACUCUACCGCUAAACCUAACCUCAGCCAUAACCUAUCCCUAAACUCAGAGGGAAAUGAUAGGUGAAUAACACUGAUGUAGAAGCACCUAACCCUGGUUGUAAGCCUAAACUUGACAUAAACUGUAAACUUGUCCCUCAAAUCUGAUUGGUUGAUUGGAACGUUGUUCCAAAGAUGUUGAUCCAGGAACAUGUACUUGGUGAAAUCACGUUGACCCUUUUACUAUAGCUCUUCAUGCUUUGUCGGUUUCAUCUAACUAGUGGAGAUUCCUAUUAGCUGCAUUAGAAAAUACAAAUGCAUAUUGAACUCACAGCAGAGGGCGCUGUGGGACAUUAGCAAAUAGCUCUUCAGCCAAUAAACAUGUAGCAGCUGUGUCCCCUGCCAUAACCAAAUCCAGAUGUAUCGCAGUAACCAAAUCCUGUUAGCUUAUAUGUUAUUACUGAAUAUGAAAUGUAUAAUCACUCCAGCACCUUAUUUUUAAUCGUAGAUGUAUUUAUAUUGUCCUGUCUUCUUCGUAUUCUGAAAGUUUAAAUUUUGCCACAUGAGGUCCUCUGAUAUUUGCAGAGGUUUGUUUUGUGAAGCGUCUGUGCAGGGCACAGGUUGGACGGUUGGUUUGUAUCAAAGGUUAUAUGUAGCAGAGGCACUUGAGAAAACCUUUAUUAUUUUUUAAAAAAUCCCAAAGACGGAUGUUUUCGCAAUUUUUUUCUCUCUAUAAUAUUUUACAAUUUUCAGAGCACUUUACUCUCAGUGUUGGCCAUAUGUGUAAUGGCAAAAUCUGAAAUGCCUAAACCACUUAUGAAGGAAUGAGUGUGAAAUGGAGUGUGUUUUAUUUGCAUGGAGGCAAUAUCAAACCUGGAUAAGCACCAGGGUAUGUUUGGUUCAAAAAUAUUUGUUGAAUGUCUGAAAUGCUUUACGGUACACACAACAGGUUUAUCAGCUAUUUUUUUACAGUGAUUUAUCAGUCAUCAUUAAUGCUUUCACUUGUUUUUUUUCCACUUUACACUAUUUUAUGAUGGUUUUAAUGACAGCGAGCCUGAAUAACUUAUAGAAAGUGAAGGUUUCGGUAGUCAAAUGAUGGAAAUCAUUUGUCAUUGUUUUGUGCCCUAAAAAUGUAAUUAUGUAGCAAACUAUUCGACUUCUGGGACUCGUGUAGGCUGUAAGAUGGUCUUGUUGAGAGGCCACAUAGAAUCUGAAAAGAGUUUAUAGAGAAUUUGUAAAAAUGUCCUUACCCAGUGUCAAAGAGGAUUUAGAUAGACAAAAUGUAGUUGAAGAAAACACUCUAGGAGCAGUAAAACGUAGUAGCUAUAAUAGGUAUUAUCCAAUAUAAAUAUUUAAAUAUAUAUUUACACACACAUAUAAAAUAUAUAUAAAUAUACAUAGUCUGUAAAUAAAUUCUGUGUCAGUUUUUGUUUAAUCGGUUUUCUUUGUUUACAUUCUUUAUAGAGUCAAAUGAAUGUGGUGAGAUGUGGAGGUCAGCACUCAUGAAAGAACUUGCAAGAUUUUAAUAUAGGGAAUAAGCUCUAGAAUUUUACCUUCUUACCAUCUUAAAUAUUAACAUCAGUCAUGUUUCUGGGUUAAGAAAACACAGCUUAAUGCAAGUAAUGGCAAGUUGUUUUAAAUGGUACGUGUUUCUUUAAGAAGUUUCAGAAAGCAGAAUGGACAGUUAAAUAUUAAGGCUUGUUUCUGCCAUGGAAUAGAAAAAAUUAAAAAGGUGACUGCAUCUUUUUUUCUCACAAUUGUGACAUUUUUCUUCACAAAUUGUGACAUGUUUAUAUGUCAGGAUUGUGAGAAAAAUGUCAGAAAUGUGAGUUUAUAUCUCGCAAUUCUGACUUUUCCAGAAAUUGAAACUCGCAAUUCAGAACUCCAUCUUCAGAAACUUGGAAUUGCAAGUUAUAAAGUCUGAAUUGCAAAAUGUGAACUCGCAGUUCUGAGAAGAAACAAACUUGCAAUUACAAGAUUUUUAUUUAUUUUUUUAUUUUUUUAUUCCGUGGCGGGUAACAAUCUGCAUAGUUAAUGGAACGGUUCACACAAAAAUUCUGUUAUCAUUAUGACUUUAUUUCUUUACAAAAGGGUUUAUUAAUAGCAGAAUGCUCAAGCUGCUACAUGAGGGUGAGUAAAUGAUGACAGCAUUUUCAUUUUUGUCUAAACUUUCCCUUUAAAUUUGGAAUGGAAUUGUUGAAGUACUGGAAUUAAUAUAAAAAAACAGAGCAUAACACAUGCUAGUAGGGCUGGGCGAUAUAUCGCAUGCGAUUGUCACGCGCAUUUCGUCAGUAAAGCCGGUUCCCUGAUUACCGCUAGG